AUGAUGGCGCUCAUGGCGGUCGCAGUGAGCCCGCUCAUGGCGGUGGCAGUGAGCCCGCGCCUGCACCCGCGGCCGCGCCAGCCGCGCAUCGCGGUCAUGCAGGAACCCGCUCGCUCGCUCAGCACCGACUUUCUCUGUGGCGCGGAUAUCUUUGACGCCGCGCGGCCAGCCAUCUUGGCAGAAAACACCUAUGGGGAUGCGGAGGAGAGGCGGCGCCGCCGGCCGUCGGCGCAGACCGAGGUGCCCAGUCGUCGACGCCCUCCACCGGCGCCGCUCGAGACGUCCGGCGUCUCCAUGUCGCCACUGGACAUGUCGAGCGAGCGCUUCCGGAGCGGGCCGCGCGACGCCGAGGCCUCGCGGGGCCGCGGCUGGGCCGUGCGCCGACGGGCUAGCCCGUCGGCGAGCACCGGGACCGUGCGCUCGGCGCCCGCUGCCGUCGAGCGGCCGCUCACUCUCCCACGCGACGAGCCCCGCCCGACCGAGCCGCGGGCAAAGCCGGUGUCCUUCGACGUGAUGCUGAGCGGAGCGGGGAUCCACGAGGCGGCGCGCCCCGCGCUGCACCGCGGCGGCAGGUGGCAGGGCAUCGGCGCCAGCGCGGACGACGCCAAUGCAGACAGCCGCCGCCAGCGGAGGUCGCAGAGCUCGCCUUCUGUCCAAGAGGCUCCGGUCCAACAAGAGCCCGAGGACAUCCGAUUCCGGCUGGAGGCUGCGGCGGCAGAGAAGGCGGCGGCGGCGGAGGCGGCGGCGGCGGCGGCGGAGCAGGCGGCGGAGCGGGCGGAGGCUGCGGCAGCGGCGGAGGCGGCGGCGGCGGAGCGAGCGGCGGCCGAGGCGAGGGAGGAGGCGGAGGCUGCGCGCAAGGCCGCGGCGGAGAAGGCAGCAGCGGUGAAGGCGCAAAAGAAGGGGGCACCGACCGCCACGCUCCUCAAGCAGUUCAUGCACGACCACGACCUCGAGAUCGCCGACGUGUUGCAAGCGGCGUCGUCGCUGGUGGGCGACGGCUAGGAUCACAGUAUGGAGGUGCAUGCGCCGUGUGCGCGUGUCGAACAGGCAACUUGGAGUCUGUCAACGACUGCUUCGGAACCCUAUCAUGCCAUGUGAACUGUGCUGCAGCUGUGUGCUGGCUGCGCGUGUGUAGUGGAGACGGGCGUUGGAGAGAGCGAACUACACUUGAGUGAGAGCCACGUGUGGUUGUCGUUGAGAGAGAUAAAGGCCCUCUC